GAGAGAGAGAGAGAGAAGCGCCGAAGCAAAAUAAGGGUUUGCGAAGCGAAAACAAAAGAAAAACGAUUGUAGAGUGAGAAAGAGGGGUGUUUUUUAUUUUUGUAUACAACACAACAGAGAUUAAAACCCUUUCUCUUAACUCUUUUCUCAAUUUAUAUAAUUUUUUUUUCUUUAUAUUUUUAAAUAGCCGUUAAAAAAGGACCGGUUUUCUCUCUCUAAUUCUCUCUCUCCCGCCAUAGCCAUGGCUCAGCUGGAGAGCCAGAGGCAGACCCACCCACCUCCAGAACCUUCUUCUCUGGACUACCACCAGACCAAGUCCCUGAUUUCCGCUCUCAACGCCGUCUCUCGCAAUCUCCCUCUCUCCGAAGAUCUUUUCGCUGCCGUUUCCUCCAUCUAUCACGACUCCCGAGAUGCCGACAAAGCCGACGACGUUGACGACCAUGCUGAUCAUGGUAAUCUUUCGGAAGAUUUAUUGCCCGACCUUCAAGAGGCACUAUUGAAACAACGUCCAAAUUGCAUGGCAAGUUCUGAAUUAACAGAAUUAAGGGAAAAUCGUUAUCAAAGCCACAUUCAGCAUCGAUUAACUGAACUUGAAGAAUUACCGUCAAGUAGAGGAGAGGACCUGCAGAUGAAGUGCUUGCUUGAACUUUAUGGACUAAAGUUAGCAGAUUUACAAAGGAAGGUCCGAUCCGAUGUGAGUUCAGAGUAUUGGCUUCGCACAACUUGUUCAUAUCCUGACAAACAAUUAUUUGAUUGGGGGAUGAUGCGGUUGCGACGCCCACUGUAUGGUGUUGGUGAUGCUUUUGCCAUGGAGGCUGAUGAUCAAUUCAGGAAGAAACGGGAUGCUGAGAGGCUGUCAAGAUUAGCGGAGGAGGAGAAAAAUCAGAUUGAAACUCGAAAAAGAAAAUUUUUUGCGGAAAUCCUUAAUGCAGUUCGUGAGUUCCAAUUGCAAAUUCAGGCUACUUUAAAGCGUCGAAAACAGAGGAACGAUGGAGUCCUGGCAUGGCAUGGAAGGCAAAGGCAGCGUGCUACAAGAGCUGAGAAAUUGAGGUUCCAAGCAUUGAAGGCUGAUGAUCAAGAAGCAUAUAUGAGAAUGGUGAAGGAGAGCAAGAAUGAACGAUUGACAACACUUCUCGAAGAAACGAAUAAACUCCUUGCUAACUUGGGUGCUGCUGUUCAACGUCAGAAAGAUUAUAAAGUUUCAGAAGGCAUUGAGCUGUUGAAGGACUCAGAAUCUGAUUCACCGGAUUUGGAGGACCAAUCAGAACUCAUUGAUUCUGAUCACAAUGAGGAUCCCGGUGACUUACUUGAAGGUCAGCGGCAGUAUAACUCAGCUAUUCACUCCAUUCAGGAGAAGGUAACAGAGCAACCAUCCACACUACAAGGUGGUGAAUUGAGGCCUUACCAAUUAGAAGGGCUUCAGUGGAUGCUCUCCUUGUUCAAUAACAACCUAAAUGGAAUUCUUGCUGAUGAGAUGGGACUAGGAAAAACAAUACAAACCAUUUCUUUAAUCGCAUACCUCAUAGAGUACAAGGGUGUGAUGGGACCCCACUUGAUAGUUGCUCCAAAGGCAGUACUGCCAAAUUGGGUGAAUGAAUUCUCAACAUGGGCUCCUAGUAUUGCGGCGGUUCUUUAUGAUGGGCGUCAAGAUGAGAGAAAGGCAAUGAAGGAAGAUUUAACAGGUGAAGGAAGAUUUAAUGUGUUGAUAACACAUUACGACCUGAUUAUGCGAGAUAAAACAUUUUUAAAGAAAAUUCCCUGGUACUACCUGAUUGUCGAUGAAGGCCAUAGGCUGAAGAAUCAUGAAUGUGCUCUUGCGCAGACACUUGCAGGUUAUGAGAUGAAGCGUAGACUUCUAUUGACUGGUACCCCAAUACAGAAUAGUCUGCAGGAGCUAUGGUCUCUGCUUAAUUUUCUUCUUCCGCACAUUUUUAACUCAGUUCAAAACUUUGAGGAUUGGUUUAAUGCACCAUUUGCGGAUCGGGGCGAUAUUUCUCUUACUGAUGAAGAGCAGUUAUUAAUUAUUCGCCGUUUGCAUCAUGUUAUAAGGCCGUUCAUAUUGAGGAGGAAAAAAGAUGAGGUGGAGAAAUACCUCCCUGGGAAAACCCAGGUCAUAUUGAAAUGUGAUAUGUCAGCAUGGCAAAAAGUAUAUUAUCAACAAGUUACUGAUCUGGGCAGAGUUGGGUUAGAUAAUGGUACUGGAAAGUCAAAGAGUCUACAGAACCUCACAAUGCAGCUGAGGAAAUGUUGUAACCACCCAUAUCUUUUUGUUUUGGGAGAUUAUAAUAUGUGGCGCAAGGAGGAGAUUAUCAGAGCAUCGGGAAAAUUCGAACUGCUUGAUCGUUUACUCCCGAAACUCCAUAGGGCUGGGCACAGGAUCCUACUUUUUUCACAAAUGACUCGCCUCAUGGACAUUCUUGAAAUCUAUCUGCAACUUCACGAUUAUAAGUACCUUAGGCUGGAUGGUUCGACGAAAACUGAGGAAAGAGGGAGUUUGCUAAAGAAAUUUAAUGCUCCAGAGUCUCCUUACUUCAUGUUUCUGCUCAGUACUCGUGCCGGGGGUCUUGGUUUGAACUUGCAAACAGCAGAUACUGUCUUUAUUUUUGACAGUGAUUGGAAUCCCCAAAUGGACCAACAGGCAGAGGAUCGUGCCCACCGUAUUGGACAAAAGAAGGAAGUUAGAGUCUUUGUAUUGGUUAGUGUUGGAUCAAUUGAAGAGGUCAUCUUGGAACGUGCUAAACAAAAGAUGGGUAUAGAUGCUAAGGUCAUCCAGGCUGGACUAUUCAAUACAACUUCAACAGCUCAAGAUAGAAGAGAGAUGUUGGAAGAGAUCAUGCGCAGAGGCACAAGCUCACUCGGGACGGACGUGCCAAGUGAGAGAGAAAUCAAUCGCCUUGCUGCUCGAUCAGAUGAGGAAUUCUGGUUGUUCGAGAAAAUGGAUGAGGAGAGAAGGCAAAAGGAGAAUUACAGAUCUCGCCUUAUGGAAGACAAUGAGGUUCCUGAGUGGGCAUAUUCUAAACCUGAUAACAAGGAAGGUGCAACCAAGGGAACUGACAGUGGCAGCAUCACUGGAAAACGACGAAGAAAGGAGGUGGUUUAUGCCGACACCCUGAGUGAUUUACAAUGGAUGAAAGCCGUCGAAAAUGGAGAGGACAUACCAAAGCUUUCUGGCAAAGGGAAAAGAAAGAACCACUUUCAACCCGAGACCAGUGCGGCUAGUAACAAUAGCAAUGGUGGGGAAGAAGAAAAGGUUGUAGAAUUGACUGAAAAUACGCCUCUCGGGAGUGAGGGAACAAGUGAAGAUACCUAUCAGUAUCAGACACCAGCACCGAAGAGACUCAAAACCGAAGCGGAAAGUGUGGAGAAACACGACUAUUAUGGUGUUGGGCCACGUGGUUGGAAUGGGCAGAUAUUGACUUGGAACACCCACAAAAAGAAGAGAUCAAGCUAUUCUUAUCAAAGUUCAUUAUCUGAUUCUAGAGGCCAGAAUUCCAACAGAAGAGGCAAUGGAUGGGCAUGAUAAUGAAAGAUCGGAUAGAAAUUCCUCAUUUUUUCUUUUUAUAUAUUUAGAUUAGAUUUAGAUUCCCCCAACUAACUUUUGUGCAUGGGUUUGAGCUGUGCCAUGCUUUUAGCUAACUAGCUGACUUCUCAGGACAAUUACACAUCCUCCGACCUUUUAGGGAUGGUCUGGAGAUGGCUAAUGCUUCAAUUUGUUAAGUUCUGCUGCUUUGUAACAUGGCUUGUGCUAAUUAGCAACAGUGUAUAAUUAUCAACAAUUGUGAAAUGAUCUCUUUAUUUUUCGUA